AUUAUUGUGCCUAUUGUUGUGGCUCCAAGAAUUACACCACAGAAUCCACAGCACAAAAUCUAAGGAAAUAUCACAUCCCCCCUUCAUCGUUCGUUCAUUCAUUCAUUCAAGAACGUACAGUGCCCAGAAGCUUGGUCCAGAAGAAGAAGAAGAAGCUAGCUAGCUACUUCCAUGGCUGCCACUUCCAUCUGUGCCGCCACGGCCUUCAAAGGGGGGUUCUCCGCUGCCGUGGGCGGCGAAGACUACGCGGCGCUUGCCCGGAAAAUGCCGGCGUUUGUCCGUGUGUCAAGGCCGGUCCGGGCGCAGCCUAUGAUGAAGAAUGUUAAUGAAGGGAAAGGGAUCUUUGCUCCUCUUGUUGUUGUCGCAAGGAACAUCAUUGGGAAGAAAACGUUCAACCAGCUCAGAGGAAAAGCCAUUGCUUUACACUCACAGGUGAUCACAGAGUUCUGCAAGACAAUUGGAGCAGAUUCAAAGCAGCGGCAAGGAUUGAUUCGACUGGCGAAGAAGAAUGGGGAGAAGCUUGGGUUCCUUGCAUGAGAGGAAAUUCCAUAUUUUCUCCAUUUACAAAAUGGUCAGAAUACUCUUCAAAGAAUGUAUUAAAGCUUUAAAGACUUCAGACCCACAUAUAUGUAUGUAUUCCAUAGGGACUUCCUAUUUCAUAAUCUAGAAGAUGUACCACUUUCAUCUACUUCCAAGAUUAGGUCAACAAAAUGACUGAUAAACUGUUGUGUCAUAUAGUAUACUUGUGGAACAAAAGUAGGCUUCCUAGUGUUUUUAGCCUUUACAAAUGGAGUAAUGUUCACAUC